GAAACAUACAUUUCAACUGCAACCUAACCUCAAAAAUGUGCGUGCCACAAAGUUCAGAGUGGUGGUAGACACGCGGCAUGUUAAGAGAUAUUAUAAAAUCUCCUAAACCUCUAUUUUGUUACGCAUAGCGUAUUAAGGUAAAACAAAUUGCGGUAGUGAAUGCAGCGAGCAUCAUGGUAAAAAGACGGGAACAAACAGAAGAUUCUCGUGAUUCCGGAUGGAAACCUGUAACAUUAGAGGGUGUUUUAUUAUCCAAUGAUAUAGAAGGUUUAAUUGCAAUCGAGGAGUUAACUGACUACAAUUUAGAGCGAAGCAACAAGAAGGGCGAUGUUCUAAUCACAGAAAUGAAAUCCGCCAAAAAGAAGAAAUCAGCAUUGAAGCGCAAACACACAAAUAAAACUGAAGAUGAUCCUGAUAAAGUUCCUGCGAAGAAAAUUAAAAAAGUUAAAACAAAGAAUGCAAGAAAAGUGAGUGAGAAGACAAUAAAAGCGACCACAAAUUCUGACGGUAAAAAUGAAUGCAACAACAUAAACAGUAAUGCAACUGCAAUCAAAAUUGAUAUCACUGCGUGGAGUUCUAUGGGUGUCCCUGAUGUUGUAAUAAAAGCUUUGGCUGAUCAGAAGUUUUUUUCUCCCACUCCAAUACAAGCUUUGACAUUGCCAGCUGCUAUAUUAGGUCAAAGAGAUAUAUUAGGUGCUGCUGAAACUGGUUCUGGUAAAACAUUAGCUUUUGGUAUCCCAAUAAUAAAAGGAAUCUUAGAUUUAAAAAGUAAGCACUCAAAAACAGAAUUAUGUGAAAGAUCAUUAAAGAAUGAUAGUCAAGAUGAAAUAUGUAGUUCAGAAUCAGAAGAUGAUAUUUCUACUGGAUCUAAUUCCGAAAAUGAAGACUUUGUAAAAUCUGAAAAUUGUAUGAAAGUUGUGAAUAAUGCAAAGUUUGACGAUUGUCAAAGUGUUUCAACUAAACCUUUAUAUGCAUUAAUUAUAACACCAACUCGUGAAUUAGCUGUUCAAAUAAAGAAUCAUCUUACUCAGGCAGCGAAAUACACGGAUAUCAAUAUAGCUGUUGUUCUUGGAGGUAUGGCAACAGUGAAACAAGAGAGGAUAUUAAGUAAAGGUCCUGAAAUUGUUAUUGCUACACCUGGAAGACUUUGGGAACUUAUCCAAGAAGGCAAUCCUCAUCUAAAUCAAAUAGAUUCCAUCAAAUACUUAGCCAUUGAUGAGACAGACAGAAUGAUGGAGAAAGGUCAUUUUCAAGAACUGCACAGUAUCUUAGAGAAAAUCAAUUCAAAUUCAACAAAGCUGAAAAAUCGACAGACGUUUGUUUUUUCGGCUACUUUGACUAUGGUGCACGAUCUUCCAGAUUAUCUCGAAAAAAAGAGGAAAAAAUACACCAGAAGUAGAAUACAUAAACUAACUCCCGAGCAGAAAUUGCAGCAAAUUAUGCAUUUACUAAGAAUCAAGAAACCUAAAAUCGUCGAUCUGACACGAGUAACAGGUACGGCUGGUAACUUGACGGAAUGUCGAAUAUCGUGCACUAUCGAUCACAAAGAUUAUUAUCUUUAUUAUUUUUUGAAAAAACACAGCGGAAGGACAUUAGUGUUUUGUAACAGUAUCGGUUGCGUGAAAAGAUUAGCCACUCUCUUUGCUAUACUGGAGUGCAAGCCUUUACCUUUGCACGCUAAUAUGCAUCAAAAGCAACGUUUAAAAAAUCUCGAAAGAUUUCAAGCCGAGGAAAACGGAUUGUUAAUAGCUACAGACGUAGCCGCAAGGGGUUUAGAUAUACCCAACAUAGAACAUGUAAUACACUAUCAGGUUCCCAGAACGUCCGAGAAUUACGUACACAGAAGUGGUAGAACCGCGAGAGCGGAGAAAGAAGGUAUCACAGUUUUGAUGAUGGAACCUUCCGAGAAACAUUACUACAGCAAGCUAUGCACAACUCUUAGACGCACGCACGAUUUGCCCACGUUUCCCGUGAUAGAUAAACUGUUGAUUGCCAUAAAAGAAAGAGUGGAUGUUGCUCGAGAGAUUGACAAGUUGGAAUUGAAAUGUCGCCGGAAAAACACUCAGAAAAAUUGGCUACGAAAAGCAGCGGAAGAUAUGGACAUAGUCGUGGAGGAUGAUGUCGAUAGUGACUCAUCAAUAGAAUCGGAUGAAGCAGCAUUAAGACGACAGUUAAAAGCAAAAAAACAUCAAUUACAAUCUCUGUUAUCAAAGCCAAUAUUCCCGAAGGGAUUUUCGGGAAGAUAUCCCGAUGUUAAUAUCGACAUGGAUGUUGUCGAGAAUGGAGAAAAGGCUAUCGAAGUAAUGAAGAGAGUAAUAACAGACAAUUCUGUUAAAAAUAAAAGUAAACCGAAAGACGACGUCACAUUUAAAAGAAAACAGCAAAAAUGGAGGAAAUCUAAGAAGUUUAAGAAGGAAUGAAAUAUAUUUUUGUUGUGCGAAC